AUGAAAACAGCAACGCCACUUCCACUAGAGAAGCUUUCAUCGCCACCCCAUGGCAACCACACGGAUACGUCGCAGGAUGGCACCGCUGUCGACCAUGAGAACGGUGAGGAGGAUAAUGCCCCGACCGACCUCAUCGUUCCACCGCCGAAUGGGCAUUGUGCUUGCAUCCCCAUCAACGCGUCGGCUGAUCCUGAACUUUUGGAAGUCAAUGUUUGGCAGGCUGUCAACGAGGUCUUGUCCGUGCCGUGGCGCACUUCAACAGAAGCCCAUGUGACCGAAGAUGCUAAAGGAAAAGACACAAUCGUGCGGGCUCUGAUCGAGGGCUGGGAUGUCGCUGCCAAGUUCCAGCCGUUGUCCGAUUUGUGGAUCAAACUUCGAAGGGUUGAUGAAUUAUGCUUCCAGGCAUGUCCUCGGACUGAACGGUUGGCAAUCCUUUGGAUGGUGAGUCUACAACUGCGGUACCAUUCCAAUCCCACCACCAAGCGCAGGGACAAGCUGCCUCCCUGGUACUGGAAGAGACCGUCUCAAAAGAUUCCUCACUCCUAUGCGAUCAAUCUUUUCGUCUGGCCUGGAGUACGAGAACGUUUCGUUUUUGAACAACACAAAUAUUGCGACAACCAGUUUUGGAAGAGCUUCGCCCGUAACUUUCGUCUGCUGUGGCCUUCCGAUUUCCAGCACACGUAUGCCAAGAACUUUACCACAGGCUUGUACGAAAUGUUGCAGUCGUUCGAGCAAAGUAUAUCAGACAUCAAUAUCUGGACCAUGACGGAGGACUUCUUCAACCGCUACCCCGAGUUCCGGGCCGAUAUCCCGCCGUUC